CGUUAUUCAGGCUGACAGACGAGCAUCAUGGACUUAGCAUUGAUUUGAGGCUAACACGAUCGGCUGUCUCCCUCCCGUUGUGCGUCACGCUGCCUAAUGUCAUCUCGCGUCAUUCAAGGGCUAACAGGUUGUCCGUGUCAGACAUGUAACAAAGUCACUGGAGCUUUUCUACCCAACCAAAAAUAAAAUUGAAGAUGAAGCUGCUCUUUGUGCUGGUCGUGCUGGUGCUUGCCAUCAAGGCUCGGGUGGAAAAGUGCGGCAGGGUCCUUCCAUCACCUGCUGUCCAACGACCGGCCAAUCGCAGCCACAUCUCCUACGCUGUCAUGUUUGACGCUGGCAGCACAGGGACGCGGAUCCACGUCUACGCCUUCAUUCACACACAUACAGAGGCAUUGCCAGUUUUGGAAAAUGAGAAGUUUCACUCAAUGAAACCCGGUUUGUCAGCGCACAUCCACUACCCUGAGACAGCAAGGCAUUCUGUUAGAACUCUGCUGAAGGUGGCCGAGAGAACCGUGCCUCGCCCACUCUGGAAAAACACUCCGGUGAUGCUGAGAGCUACAGCUGGUCUUCGACUGAUGUCUGCCGAGAAAGCCCGAGCUCUCCUACGUGAGGUUCGGCGUGCGUUUAACGAAUCACCAUUUCUGGUCCCGGACAACAGCGUGGCCAUCAUGGACGGCAUAAGCGAAGGAAUCCUAGCAUGGGUAACUGUGAACUUCUUGUCUGGUCACCUUCACGCGCACCAGGAGCAGAAGCUGGGAAUCUUGGAUUUGGGGGGAGCAUCCACGCAGAUCACCUUCCUGCCCAAACUCACAGAUUUUUCCAGUUUUGAAAAAUCCACGCCGGCCGUGGACAUUGUCAGAGUAGACAUCCUCAACUCCACCUUCCGCUUGUACACUCACAGUUACCUUGGCAACGGGCUGAUGGCGGCGCGACUCUCUAUGCUAUCUGCUCGUGUUUUUAAAAGUCCGUGUCUGCCCAGAAAGUUUCGAGAUAAGUGGACUUUUGGAGGAGAAACUUACCAAGUGAGCGGAGACCCAGACGGAGCAUCCGGUUACAAGGCAUGUUAUGAAGAUGUGUUUAAGACAGUCAAAGGGGUUGUUCAUCAUCGCCAUCUUGGAGAGCAAAAGACACUUUUCUACGCUUUUUCAUAUUAUUUCGACCGUGCUGUGGACGCACACCUCAUCCACGAGGUCGACGGAGGACUGCUGGAGGUCCGAGACUUCAGGAGAAGAGCCAAGGAGGUGUGUAAGGAUUCGAGGAAAGGAACUUUUACUGUCAGUCCUUUUCUAUGUCUGGACUUGACGUACAUUAGCUGUCUGCUUACUGAGGGUUUGGGCUUCAAGGACAACACAAAACUGCAGCUGAGCAAGAAAGUGAACAACGUGGAGGCAAGUUGGGCUUUGGGUGCCACCUUGGACCACUUUAAAAACCUCCACAUACACCUAAGAGAGCGAGGAGGUGGAUGAGGCGGAGCGUGUGAAAAUGUUCAUGACUCUUUGUAUGUAAUAUGAACAUGUUUGCAGAGGUGGCGCCCUCUGUCGUCAUGGUGACCAGUUGGUGUGGAGGAGACAGAACGGUCACAGAGUCUUCCGGACCUGAAGGGACGAUAACAAAAGGAACAUUAAGUCAAGGACUACUUUGACACCUGUUUCCCUGCUUUCUGCCACAAGACCUUCUUCCCCGUGGCGUCUCUUUAUAUGGACGUUCCUGCUUCCGGAUUGAGAGAAGGUCUUCCCGCAGAUCCCGCAGUGGUGAGGCUUCUCUCCUAGAUCGCGUACACACCACACAAUACAGGCCAAAAAAAGUUUCUUACAAAUAUAAAGAUAGGAUGUUUGUCAAGAUCUAAAUAAAAAGCGCAGAAAUGCGUUGGCGCCACUCAUUCACUGACCAGAAUGUACGAGCAUGUGUUUUCUCAGACUGGAAUACUCGGCAAAGGAGCGCCCACAACCAUCUGCUUCACACACGAAAGGCUUCUCUCCUAAACCACAUGAACACACGCAUGGACACAAACCCACACAUAUGUUAAUCUUAAAGCAUGUGGGGCGAAGAAAAUAAAUAGAAAUAAAGUUCAUGAAGUAGUUCACAUUUUGGAAGACAGUUACACAAAUCACUAUGAUCCCAGUCUCAAGUCUUACCUGUUGUGGGCAAGUCGAGCUAAGUCAAAAGGUUGUAAAGAGGAGUCGCGUCAAGUUGAGUCACAGGUUAGUCAAGGCCUUCAUUGUUCCCCAGCCCACCCACAAAGCACUCAGAUUUGUCUUUGAGGGAAACUUUACUGUCAAUGUAAAAGACAAAACUGCAGUAUAGUCUGCAGAGAAUAAACCAGCAAUAAAGGUGUUUAUUUAUCAAUGUCAACAUUACGUUUCAUCAUUAAGACCAAGGUAUUUAGGAAAGUAGGAAUGUCCGCGAUCCCAUCAGGGGAUCGGAAAUGGGGCCAAUCGCGCCAUUUUUCAGAGGAUCGGAAUUGGGUUUCUAAUUUAAAAAAAAAAAUUCUGAAAGGGCUAAAAUGUAACAAACAAAUGCGGCUUACGGGAUUUUGACUCCGUGAGUGACGCCAGAGUCUCGGCCACCAUUUUGUCUCCAGUCUUUUUUUUUUGGUCGAGUAAACAAUACCUUAUUGUACCUCACGAUAUCCUAUUUUUUACUUUAUUAUAGGGCUUUACACUUUAUCGUAUUAAAGGGCGGUAAUUCAUUUUUUCAAUUAAUCACGUUAAAAUAACGCAAUUAACGCAUUCGCGGAACGACCCACUCACGCAUUGCCGCAACCAAAUUAAAAUGGUGCCGUUUUAUGUAUAUUGAGAGCCUAGAGGCAGAGACAACCGUGUGGAGUGGACACAGGCAUUCAUUGGGGCCGCGCUAUUUAUUGGCAAAAGCUUUGGCAUCUCUUCCACAACAAUUAUAUCUAUUGUGGUGAGCAACGUGGGGAAGAAAGACAGGAGAUGAUCUUUUUUCUUAACACCGUGUAUUGAACACAAUGCAGAAAAGAUACCAUUUGCAUCCACCACUGACAGUCAUGGUUGCCCAACUUCCAAUCAUGCAUUUGGGUAGAACAGUUAAGUCGCUACAGUAUCAUAUACUGAAAGCACAACAAAAAUAAUAUUCCUAUCUCUCAAAAAAAUAAUGUUCACAAAAAGAAAAGCGCUCAUUGCGAAGAGAACUGGCAUUCUCAAUCAAAACAGCUAUGCAAAAUAAUACUCAGACUUUGGUCAAACUCUAUUCAAACAUUUCGUUUAGCUCAACAAAUACACAAACUCACAUUAAUCUUUUAAGAAGUACAAGUAUUUCUAUCCGUGGAUCCCUUUCACAGAAAGAAUGUUAAUGCCAUCUUGUGGAUUUAUUAUUAUAAUAAAUACAGUUCUUAUGUACAGUAUGUUGAAUGUAUAUAUCAGUCUUAUCUUUCCAACAAUAAUUUACAGAAAAAUAUGGCAUAGAGAUGGUUUGAAUUGCGAUUAAUUAAUUUUUAAGCUGUGAUUACCUUGAUUAAAAAUGUCAAUCGUUUGACAGCCCUACUUGAUUAAUAUGACUGUUCUGCCCUUUGGGUGAAAUGUACAUUUGAUUAAAGUGUUGACUUUUGUAUUGUGACGCAUGCUUUUAAUUCUGCGCAGGAAGUGUAGCCCAGGUAGUGCUUUCACACGUGAGUAGGAGCGUGUGUACACAAGAAGAACGUAUUCGCGCAUUUCAGACACAAAGAAGUCGUGCAGCCGAGUGAGCGAGAGAAGGGAAAGAUUACAGCUUAGCUCGCUGUCUAGCUACGAUUUAGGUCCCAACGUCUUGGCGAGGACUUCAAUGACGUGUACUACCGUAAUUUUCGCACUAUAAGGCGCACCUGACUAUAAGCUGCCACCCACUAAAUUUGGCACAAAAACUGCAUUUGUUCAUAGAUAAGCCGCAUUAGGCUAUAAGCCGCAGCUGUCCUCACUGUGUUAUGGGAUAUUUAAACCUAAGAUAUUUACUGGUAACACUUUAUCUGACAGCGGCAUCAUAGAACUGUCAUUAAACCAAUUGAACCACCAUGAUAGUUCAUUGCUUCAAGAAGCUUAAUUUGGCCAUCAAUGCUCCCUUGGGGGAGACGGUCAACCUCUGCUGCCACUUACACUGUUGUCGUCCAACAUGCCUCCUAGCAUGCAUUGCAGCGCUACAGAUGUAAAUAAUCAAAAUUCAUGUUCUGUGCUAAUUAUUUCUUCAGUUACUGUUCCAGUUUCAUUAAUUGCUAGUUAUAGUAUUUGGUAACACUUUAUUUGACAGUCCACCAUGAAGCUUUGAACCAAAGCAAAGCUUCAUUGCUUCAAGAAGCUUCAAUUUGGGCAUCACUGUUCUCUUGGGGGAGACAACCUCUGCUGUCAACACUGUUGUCGUCCAACAUGCCUCCUAGCAUGUAUUGCAGCGCUACAGAUGUAAAUAAUAAAUCAAAAUUCAUGUUCUGUGCUAUUUAUUUCUUCAGUUACUGUUCUAGUUGUUUCAUUAAUUGCUAGUUAUGGUAUUUGGUAACACUAUUUGACAGUGGCGCCAUAAGAUUAUUCAUUAGAUAAUCAUUAUUAUGACAUGUCACUGUCAUGAGUAUUAAUGAAUGCUUAUAACAUAUGUCAUUUAGUGUUAUCCGGGAAAUUAUCUCACUUUUGAAUGGAUAUAAAACAUCCAAGCUGUACAUAAAUGGGAUUAGUGACAUAAUUUGCCGGAUGACGCUUAAUGACAUCUGUCUUAAGCAUUCAGUAAUGCCCAUGAUAGUGUCAUGUCAUAAUUAUGAUGGUCUUAUGACAGUCCUAUAAAGCUGCUGUCAAAUAAAGUGUGACCUAUUAACCCAAAUAAAUCAACAAAUAAGCCACAUUGGACUAUAAGCCGCAGGAUUCAAAAUGAAGGAAAAAAGUAGAGACUUCUAGUCCGAAAAUUACGGUACAGUACAUGUUUUUGGAUAGUUCUUGAGAUUUAGGUGGUAUUUAGGGGUACUUACAGGGUUAAUUUGGACUUAACGUGGAAAUUCGGGUUACGUCACCAGCGUAAGAACGUAACGUUUUCGUAACCCAGGGACUACCUUUAUAUACGUUUUAUACUCCAUAACACUCACGGAAAAAAGCGGAAGAGGAAGUACUGUAAAAAAUAGAGUACUGUAACAUGUUUGGAACUUUUCUUUAAAAAAAAAAAAAAAAACUUUUUCGGUAAUCGGAUCGCGACUCGGUAUCAGCAGAUUCUCAAAAUCAGGUGACUUGGACGCAAAAAUUGGCAACCAAUAUAUCCCUACAGGAAAGGCUACAUUGCAAGAAUGAAAUUCUGUGUUUGACACACAAUGAACAUUUAGAAGAAUUUGCAACAAAAAUUGCUGGUCUUCAAUACAUUUUUUUUUUUUAAUGAAUUUGUGCCACAUUUUAGGUGAGGCAAAGUCCUUGUGCUAACGAACAGCAAUUGAUUAAAAACAUUUAAAUUUCAAAUUAGAUACCAUCCAUUUAUUCACUUUUUUGUCAAGGCCUUGCAUGAACAUGAGUCAUUGUGUCUUGAGUCGAGUCUCGGACCCUCCCAGCUAAAGCGAGUCAAGUCCGAGCCUGCGUGUUUUUUUCUUCAAGGCCGAGUCGAGUUGCGAGUCAUCAAAUUUGCGACUUGAGUCCCCUGUGACUGCAUUUGGGGUCAGCAGUAUUCCUGCUCAUCUUUCCACCUCUAAUGGUUACCAUUUAUAAUCCCACUUUUAGAUGCAACGGACAUUUCAUUAUAGGAAAAAUUGCUUGUGUGUGAAAUUGAAUAUCGCCGUGAACAAAAUAAUCUCCUUAUAAAGGCCAUAUUUUCCAGGCCUAGUUACCAGUCCACUAAAAGGUGUCAUAACCGCGCACAACGGCUGCUGUUAAUCAGGCGCGGGCAGGAGGAAGCGGACCGGAACGUGCCAUUAAAUAACCUGAAGGUCACGUUGAAUAAAAUAUGAGCGGUCGCAGCACCCGACCGGUCACAUCGUCUGACCCUUCCUUGUGCUAGUUUGUUGCUCACCGGUGUGAACGCGUCUGUGGUUCUUGAGGUUUCCGGCCGUGGUGAACUUCUUUCCGCAAUUGUUCUCCUUGCAUACGAAAGGUUUGUCGCCGCUGUGCGUCCUCAUGUGAACCUGGAGACGCUGGAGGACGUAGAAGCUCUUACCGCAGCCUUCCGCCACGCAGCGGAACAUGCGGUCGUUCCUGACGUGACAAACAAACGAGAAUCCGUUUUGAGCUCGACAGCAUGUGUCAUAUAAAGCUAAGGAUCAAUAUGGAGCUAAAUUGUUCUAUUAGUGUUGGCAGGAGGCCUUUUAUUGGCACGCGGGGGGCGCUAAACACAUAUUGGACAAUUUACAAAACAUGGCUUUGUUUAUUGUUUGUUUAUUACGACGCUCGGGGCGCAAAAUCGGAACCAUCAUCACCGUUUCAUUUCUCGUUCCAAGCUGUUAAAACGCAACACGGGGAGGCGAAAGGGGACUCGUAUAAUUAGGUGGAAAUUUCAUUUAUUUUUAAUUUUGUUAUUCCGUUUUGUACGUUUUGGCUUCCCGUAGAGGAGUUUAACCCUUUUAGGAACAGCGGUUACUUCAGUGGACUAAUUUUAAAGUUAUCAUUAGCUUAACUCAUUCACUGCCAGUCAUUUAACCUGUUAAAUGGAUUAGACGUCUAUUGCCGUCAAUGGCAGCCAACAAGGUAAGCUCUUUGAAGUCGCAAGAGAUUUAUAAAAAAUAAAAAAAAUCCCCAGAGUAAAAUACACACAGCCCAAAUUUGUUGAUCUCUUUUUUUUAAUGAUUAUUUUUUUGAAGUUCUAAUUGGAAAAAAAAAGUUUAGAAUGGUUUAUAUUUUUAGUACUCUUGGCUUUUUUUUUUUUUUUUUUUUUAAUUAUUCUUUAAUUGCUUUUAUUUAUUACUUACUGUUCAAUUUGAUCCUUUAAUUUUAUCAUUUUAUUUAAAAUUAUAGCCAAUCGUAAAAUACAUGCGGGCAACACUAUUUCUACAAAUUGGAUGUCAAAUGGGAGCCAAUAAUUCGUACAUGAAAGGGGUAAGUUAUGAUUAUCAUACUUUUUUUUUUUUUAUAUUGUCAAGAAUUAGCUAUAUAAUGAAAUUAUUGCGAAACUCUUUUUAAAGGUAAAAAUACUUUUUAACUAAUUAGUAGUAAUGGUAAUUAUGUUUAUGUAAUUUAGAACUGUAAACAAUAUUUCUCAAUAUUAGGAAAUUAAUGUACAUAUUCAUAUGCACAUUUUUAAAGUCAUGUAUUUCUAUUUUUUCUUAAUUCGAUUGAAUUAUACCGGUACAUAAAAACGAUUUGAAUCGAUUUAACUCGAGUAUUCGAUUAGAAAAAAAAAACCUCAUUAAAUUUUGCUGCUUCGAGUAUUCUUUUAAUUAAAGUGGGGUUGUAAUGGUUUAUUUUGAAAGUGUUUGCAUUUAGUUUUAUUGAUUUGGCUGGAUACACUGCCCUCUCGUCUGCUUCAUUUCACAUGGCUGAAUCCACCUGCUCCCUGUUAAGACCAACAUAAGCCAAGUUGUUGUUUGAGCUGUUUUUUUUAAUGCAUUCGGAAUUUAGUUUAUAAGUAUAUCUAGCAGUUUUAUGGGGGAAUAUGCGCCUGAACGAUUUGUUAAGAGCAUUGUUUAAAAAAAAAAAAAAAAAUUUUUAAAGCGUAGCAUUUUAUAGCAUUUAAGCUAGCGGACUUUUGCUAUGCAGGUUAGCCAAUUGGUCUUUUGUUGUACAUAGAUCCUCAUUUAUUUUUUAUUCCGUUUGAGGCACAGCUCAGGUAUUUCAAUUUUCAUGUUCCUUAUCCGAUUACUCGAUUAUUUGAACUAGGUAGUUCAUUGAUUAAUCGACUACUAAAAUAAUCGAUAGCUGCAGCCUUAAAAACGAGAUGGUUCUCAACAUACUACUAUUACUAUAAAAUUGUACAUACAAAAUAAAAUCUCAGAUUUUAGCUUCUAACCCUCUGUUUUAAUAAUUAAGGCUUACCUAAAAAAAAUAUGACUUAUGUGUUAUUAUUAGCCAUUCAUUAACUGUACUUAAACGUAGCGUCUUACAAAUAUGUACCGUAAUUUUUUUACUAUAAACCACUACUUUUCCCCCCUUAUUUUGAAUCCAGCAGUUUAUAAUCCAGUGCGGCUUGUUUGUUUAUCUAUUUGGGUUA